ACCCCCACCCCAGACCCCACCCCUUUUCGUGUUCCCUUUCCCCAUCGUCUCGCCUCCCCGUCCAGACCUCUCACCACAGCGAGAGGAGAGAGAGAGAGAGGGGCUAGGGUUUCGUGCUCCCCCACGCCUCACGCAUCGAAUCCGAGCCGGAUCGGGGGGCGCGCAGAGUCGCUGGCUUCCCGGCGGUGCCUGGGCUGUUUGCAAUGGCAUCUGGAACUGAUGACAAACCUAAGAUGGAGAGUUUGACAUCAGCUGCAGCCUUUGUAGAGGGUGGCAUUCAGGAUGCAUGUGAUGAUGCAUGUAGCAUUUGCCUUGAGGCUUUCUGUGAGAGUGACCCUUCUGCAUUGACCAGCUGCAAACAUGAGUUCCAUCUCCAAUGCAUUCUGGAAUGGUGCCAGAGAAGUUCACAGUGCCCAAUGUGUUGGCAACCAAUUAGUAUGAAGGAUCCUACCAGCCAGGAGCUGCUUGAGGCAGUAGAGCGCGAGAGGAACAUAAGAACCAAUCAAACUCGAAACACAACUAUAUUCCAUCAUCCUGCUCUUGGGGAUUUUGAGCUGCAGCAUCUACCUGUUGUUGGUAAUGAUGCUGAGCUUGAAGAGCGUAUACUACAGCAUCUAGCUGCUGCCGCUGCAAUGGGAAGGGCACACCAUCUUGGAAGAAGGGAGGGCCACCGGGGCCGGUCUGGCUCUCAUGGUCGCCCACAGUUCCUAGUUUUCUCUGCUCAUCCAAAUUCACCUUCUGCUGGCACAAUUUCUUCCUCUUCUGCUCAUGUGGAGGGGGACAAUGAUUCAAAUCCUGUUACCCCUAGAGCUAGUGAGUCAUCUCCACGAGCGAUUCGCAUUGGAGACGCGGGUAAUCAAAGUCCUGGGAUGCUCACCUAUGAUGCUGAACAGGAUGCUGUCGUUUCUUCUGGAAAUAGCACUCCUGUAUCAAGUCCUAGGUUUUUUAACAGGAGACACUCCACUGGGCAGUCAACUCCAGACAGGGCUGGCCCGUCGGAUGUUCAGUCUUUCUCAGACUCCCUGAAGUCUCGCUUGAAUGCUGUCUCAAUGAAGUACAAAGAAUCUAUUACGAAGAGUACUCGAGGGUGGAAGGAGAGACUCUUUUCGCGCAACUCAUCGGUGGCGGAUCUUGGUUCCGAAGUGAGAAGAGAAGUUAAUGCUGGAAUUGCCUCUGUCUCAAGGAUGAUGGAGCGUCUGGAAACUAGAGGAAGUAGCAGAACAGGUGAUAGCCCAACACCAUCCACAUCUGAAGUUCCUCCUACAGAGUCAAGCAAUGAAAGGGCACCAGAGAGCAACUCUGCUCCUAGUACUACUACUACUACAAGUGCAAGCAACACUCUGGCCCCCUGUGUUACGACUUCUGGUUCAAAUUAGGACAUGUAAGAGUUUAAGAAAGAAGGCCUACACAUGCCCGUUCUUCAUCUUGAAAGGAUGUGUCAGUCACGUCGCAGAGCUACAAUGUGCUAUAUCACGAAGCUGUCAUCUUCUCAACCAUUGCAUAAACGACUGCCGGAAAAAUGGAAUGAUGAUUUGAUGUAUUGGGUGGCACGAUGAAAGGGUGUUGCGGGGCCUAGGAACGUCGAUUUGAUCUUCUGUUUCAUCUUUGUAAAAAUUUCCUCUGAGCAGAUUUUUACCGGUAUAAAUAACAGAUAUUUCACCUUCAUAGUAUUUGGGUCGCUAUAAAUAUGAUUGGAACAGCAAAGUUUGAUGCUGUUAUACAUACUGUAUCACGGUUUUUCUGUUUGUUCUGCUUGUGCUGUCUGCGCGGCGGUGUACAAAUAUAUGCGUGUUUUGGCUUU